AUAUACUAUGUAGUGUAUAAGAUUUUUGUAGAGGGUAGAGCAUGCAGUAAACUGUUGAGGUCAUGAUUAUUUCUGUAUUAUACAGAUAUAGUGUUCGAUGAUGAUGAUGUCAUUCAGAAUGGCUCCUCCUCCUCUUCCUCUGAUAUUUCUGCUCAUUCUUCACGGUGUUUAUAGUGCUGAUGAUGAGUGGGGUGUGAAUUACAGCUCUUCAUCCAUCUGUGCACUAAAGGGUUCAACAGUGAUAAUAAACUGCACUUAUAAAUACCCUACUGGACAUCAGAUCAUGAAAGUGUUCUGGACUAAGAUUAACAGUCCUGAUCCUCCAGAUCUGUCUGAGGACUCUAAAUACAGGCAGAGGAUUCAGUAUCUGGGAGAUAAACAUCACGACUGCACCAUGAGACUGACUGAUGUGAGACAGACAGAUUCACACAAAUACUAUUUCAAAUUCAACACUGAUAAACUUGAUGGGAAAUGGAUUGGUGUUCCUGGAGUGACUCUUGAUAUCACACUAAUAACAGAUCUUCAGGUGGAGUCUUCAGGUGAGAGAGUGAUAGAGGGACAUUCAGUGACUCUUACAUGUAAAAGCAGAUGCAGUCUGACUGACAGAUCAACAUUCAUCUGGUUUAAAAACACACAGUCAUUAAGUGAGAGAACAGACAGAAACAAUCAACUCAUCCUGCAGUCAGUAAUAAGAGAGGAUGCAGGCAACUAUAGCUGUGCUGUACAGGGACACAAACUCACAUCACCUCAUCAAUAUCUCAAUGUCAUCUGUAAGUUCAUAUUUAAAUGA